GAUCGCGGGAACAUGGGGUGAUCUCAUUACUAUUAGCGAGGGAAAAAUCGACAAGGUCUUCUCGUCACAAGUGAUAAAUAACGAAGAUCCGAGUAAGGAGAAGACGCUUUCAGAAACUUUCUAUGGUUUAUUUCUCGUUGGUAAACAAUCUGCUUACAUAGUUACAUGUUCCACUGGGAGCUUCCCGAUAGAAGAAUCAUAGGUUGAAGUUUGUGUGGUGAUCAAGUGAUCAUGGUUCAGUCGAUUGAAGUCAGGGGUGGCAAAGGCUCCAUUAAAGUGGGGACAAGCGGGACUAUCAGUGCCCUGAUGACUAGGGAAUUGGAGUCCAUCAAGUGCAGAUCACAGGCCACAACAUCCUCUGGUAGGAAACCUCCGACAAACGGUGGUGGAGUUGCGAAAAUGGUACAACCAAGAGGAGCAUCAAAUGAGGUGAUAGGUAGUAGAAGCGUUGGUGGAAGAUUUCGCAGCAGUAAUCGUAACAAACAUCUCGAACAUAUCCAGAAAACAAGACACAACAUUCUGAAGAAUAACCAUCGGAUCCCGAUGCUUGGCUCUGAGAAUAUUGCUUUAGAGGGGACUCCUAACAGAGAGAAAGUUAGUACUAGAAAAGUAUCUUACAUUGUUGAGAUAGUAGACGUAAAAUGCGGGAACCCAGAUAGAUGGUCAAAUCCUAUAAAGAGCCGGUUCAAGAAACUUGGUUUCUCAAAGCUCUCCCAGAGUAUUGCGUAGUUUAACCCUGCAACUUCUUCGAAUCAGUUCUCAAGUUCCUGUAACUUACCCCAUGAAUCCUAUUCAGUCGGUUGGUUUCAACAACUUCCACCACAGAACAGAUACUUGGUAUGAAUCUGCCACCAUCUUUCUUCUUCUUCCUCUUCUGCGUCAUACUUCCAGACCCAAAUUUGGCUUUACAACUACCACUGCACGAAUUAGUCUGUGGUUGGGAUCCCUGAGAGUUUUUGCAGGGUGAAUCAAGCUUGGAGAAAUACUCGAUCUCCUGCAGGACAAGGGCACCAACAGUGCCUCUGGUGCCUACCUUAACAGGAGUUGUAGAAGACAUUUUCUCUGAGACACAGGUAGUUGUGGUGCAAGCUUUAUAGAUCAUUAUGUUUUCCACUGUCUGGUUGGGGUGAUUUUGGAGGCUUGUGAAUUGAAGAAGAGUGGUUGUUUGGGGCCUUGUCUACGUCUGAUUUUGGAGUAUUCUUUUGAGUUUGGAGCAUUUGUGGGUAAGGUCUCUCUUUUAUACACAUUAGUUUACACGUCAAAUUUCUUUACCGUAUUAAGAUGCUUUAACUGAAGUGGACAGCAUGGGUUUUAGCAUAGUUAUUGUGAAGGAUUGGAUGGUGAUUAGGUCACAGUUCUCUUGUGUUUGUAAUCAAAGCAUGUGUAAAGCAGUCAAAAUCUUCUUUUGAACCCUGAUUUUUGUGUUUCUUUCAUCAUUUUGUUAGGUUUUUAUGAUUGGUUGUGCUUUUGUAAUCGUAAACGCAGGUUAAACGAGUGCUAACAAUAGUGAAAUUGAAGAUUGUAUA